AUGAAGGGCUCUAUCUCCACGUUGUUCACCAUUCUCCACGCUCUGGUGACGGUGGCCGCGGCGAGUUCAUGCUCUGAUGUUCUGCGCUUUGGAACCCCAGAAUCGGUCGGCAUGUUGUCAAAGCCGUUGAAAGAUAUGGUGAGCAAUAUAUCGCACUUUACGAAUGCCAGAAGCUGGGGUGCCCCGACACACAACGAAAUUCUGCCCAUUGAGCCAGGCGGAACUGUACUCAUUGCGUGCAAGGGCCGAAUCGUUAGCCACUUUGCCUUUGGGAAGCGAAAUCUCUGGGCCGCAGUCAAUGGCUACAGCGGCGACAAACUGCCUGCGUUGACGCAAGAAGACGCGACUAUUGACACCAUCUACGACAUGGCGAGCCUCACUAAGCUAUUCACAACGGUGGCGGUAUUGCGUUGCUUGGACAAGGAACUUGUGACGCUCAAUGGCACCGUCGUCACCUGGCUGCCAAAGUUUGGCGUCAAUGGAAAACAAGAAAUCACGCUGUUGCAGCUUCUGACUCACACAAGCGGUUUCGAUGCGGACCCCGCGGCUGGACUGUGGACGCCGCAAUUCCCAACCUACGCGUCGCGCAUCGACGCAAUCCUGUCCGCCAAGCCCAUCAACGCGCCGGGUGACAAAUACUUGUACUCAGACUUGAACUUUAUGACAUUGAUGCUCGUCGUAGAGGCGGUGACCGGGAAACAACAUGACGACGUUAUUAAAGAAUAUACCUCUGCCAUCGGUAUGCCAGAUACCUUUUUCAAUCGCGGCAAUGUGGAGGGCAGCCAGUUUCCUUACUACAGGCGCAUGGCGACGCAAGAAUUUCAAGCCGGCGUGCUGCCAGGGUACGAGCCGCCGCGCCCGCAACCGGUGCGCGGCACCGUACACGACGAGAAUGCGUGGGCGCUGUCGGGCGUGUCCGGGCACGCGGGGCUCUUUUCAACGGCGCUGGAGACGGCCAAGUUUGGGCAAAUGAUACUCAACAACGGCACUUAUGGCGGCAAACGAAUCUUGAGCCAGAGCUCGGUCGACCUCAUUUUUACCAACUUCAAUGCCCGGUUUGGCGACCGCAACGCGCACGGCGUGGGUUUUGAGCUGAAUCAGUACUACACGGCAGGGCCGAUGGCGAAUCUCCUGGCAGCGAGCCACACUGGCUUCACGGGCACGUCGCUGGUAAUUGACCGCGCGAGCGGCACGGUGUUUGUGCAUCUGGCGAAUCGAGUGCAUCCGUCGCGGAACUGGAGCAGCAAUAAUGCCGCGAGGGAGACGUUAGGGGCUUGGGUGGCUACGGCGCUGGGGCGGACGGUAGAGUUUCCUUAA